GAGUAAUCAUACCGCAGAUUGCGGUACAUCACCGUUAGAUUUUGACACGGUGGGUGGGGCACAAGGAACAACAAUAAUGCAACAUAUAUCAUACACGCCUCGCACCUACCACGCCCAACCGCCACCAUUGACGGGGAGACCGUGAGUGUAUCGUGCAGCAAAGUGGUGUUUCGGAAAGCAUGGCACCGGAUUCCUCCAGCACAGGUGGCCUGGAGACGUCGCUUCUGGCAGAAUCGAUUGCGGUGUGUGGGGGAGAAAGCAACGAUGGGAGCAACCGCGGUAACGCGGAUGGUUCUUCUUCGGAAAUUCCCCAGGGAUGCCGGUUUUCUCCCGAUGGAACCUGCCUCUUGACGGCCAGGGGGUCUCGGCUCGAGAUCUAUAACACGCCGUACGAAGGGGAGGUGUGCACCGAGGGCGACGGCGACAAAAACGACGACGGCAACGAGAAGCGACCCCGGUGGACCCCCGCCAUCACCUGCCACAGCGGAGAGUCGGUACGCUCCUACGCCUGGUACCCGCACAUGAAAUCCUCCGAUCCGGCCACCUGCUGCUUUCUGGGUGCGAGCCGCGACUCCCCCGUUCACCUGUACGACGCCUACGACGGAAGCAUCCGGGCCACCUACCGUCCCUACAACGGCCUGGACGAAAUGGAAUCCCCGACCACCCUCUGCUUUGCAGAGAGCGGACGGAAGAUAGUCACGGGCGGCCUGCGGACCGAUCGCGUCCUGCACGUCUUUGACGUCAACCGACCGGGACGGGAGCACUCGCAGCCCCUGAUCCGGCUUGGAAAAACCCGGCGGUCCCGGGACGGACAGAAGGGCCUGGGAUCGGCAAUGGCGUACUCGGACGCCACCGGGGUCCUUGCCCUCGGGACAUACUCUCCGGGAUCCAUCUACCUGUACGACCUCCGGACCUACACGAAGAGCGCGGUGGCCGAGAUCGUCGUGUCCCCCUCGGCGACGUCGGGCGGCACCGUUUGCGUUUCCGGCCACGGGAAAAAGGGAACGACCAGGAACAAGAACAAGCGCAAGCGCUUUGCGGCUCCUGCCUCGGAGGGGGUUGAAGAGGCGCUCCCAUCGAUCGACUUUUCUGCCGCCAAGCUCCGGUGGUACCAGAGCCGGACCCGGGGGGGCGUCACCCAGGUGGAGUUCGGGGACGGCGGAACCAGCCUCUUCAGCGCGAGUCGCCGGUCCGGUGCGGUGCUCCAGUGGGACCUGCGGAAGCUCUCUUCCUCGAACGCCUGCCCCGGAAUCGCCAGCUUUGCGACCGACAACGACACGAACCAGCGGAUCGAGUUUGCCGUCUACGGGGAUCGGGUCUGGACGGGGGGCAGGGACGGGUGCGUACGGGUGUACUCGCACCGGGGAUCGAACGGGAACAGCAGCAGCAGCAGCAACAGCAGCAACAACAGCAGCAACAACAACGUCUCGCUGUUGGCAACCAUCGGUGGCUUUAAGGAUUGUGUGAACGGCAUUUCCCUUUGUCCCGACGUCGACGGGCACGUCGAUGGCAGCACCGGCACAAACACCAUGCUCCAAAAUUUGCUCUCCACGGGCGACAGCGACGACGACGAGCCCAAGAGCAACGAAACGGGUGGUCUGGGGAAGGCUCUUCUUGCGGUUGCCAUUGGAUCGAGGCACUUUCCGUCGGAAACCGAUUGGGAGAACGAAGAUCCUCAUGCCUCUUUGACGGAACGGAUCAACCAUUUUGUGGGUUCGACACAAAUAUAUUCCGUCGUAGCUCCGUGAGACAUGUGUACGCAGCUGUUGUGCUCGGUGCGUUAAUCCGCGAUGCCAUCCGAACAAUGCAUUGUCUGGAUGGCAGAUUGUUCUCGUGUGUGUUGCCGGUGUGUCGCAACCUGCAGCCUGUAGAAACCGAGAUCAACGAGCAUGCUCUGACUCCGCAGAAUCUGAUUACGCACGGGAACUGCGCAACGCAUGUCCGAGGAUGAACAAACAGUGAUCAGGUAGUCACUGCAAAAUCCUGAGGCCACUUAGAAGAAAAACUAUGUAACCAC